GCCAGCCAGCCGCGUCAGGUGGAUGCGCCUGCAGUGAUCCAGGUCGUCCCUAUGGAUCGCGUCCAUGGAUGUCUUCAAACCCGCUUUGGACAAUAGUUUGAGUCCCAAGGCGUGCGUUUCCUCAUCGGAAGAAGCAGAGGCAGAUGUUUUUCGCUGGCCGACACCGGAGAAUGGCAUCCGUGCCGCGCCGGAUGCGCGACCCGCCGCACCGGGCUACUGGACGGCCGUGUUCGACUAUGAAGCGACUGCGGACGACGAGCUCAGCCUGCGGAGGGGGGACCUGGUGGAGGUCCUGUCCAAAGAUUCCCUGGUGUCGGGAGAUGAGGGCUGGUGGACCGGUAUGAUAGCAGACCGGGUCGGCAUUUUCCCGUCUAAUUAUGUGAGCAAAGGGAACGGCAUUCCGGAGGAAAUACGGGACACUCCAGAGCAGCAGUACUCAGUGCCUCCUCUGCACCUCCUGGAGAUCGAUUUCUCAGAGCUGACCCUGGAGGAAAUCAUCGGGGUGGGCGGUUUUGGGAAAGUCUACCGCGCUGUGUGGCGGGGGUCAGAGGUGGCAGUGAAGGCAGCACGGCGGGACCCUGAUGAGGACGCGGAGCAGACUUUGGAGAGCGUGCGUCAGGAGGCCAAACUUUUUGCCAUGCUCAACCAUCCCAACAUCAUGGGUCUGCUGGGGGUGUGUCUGCUGGAGCCCAACCUGUGUCUGGUUAUGGAGUACGCCCGGGGCGGCUCCCUGAACCGGGCCCUCGCUGGGAAACGCAUCCCUCCGUGCACGCUGGUGGACUGGGCCGUGCAGAUAUCCCGGGGCAUGCACUACCUCCACAGCCAGGCCAUCGUCCCCAUUAUUCACCGGGACCUCAAGUCCAGCAACAUCCUCAUCCUUGAGCGGGUCGAGAUGGAAGACCUCAGCAACAAGACCCUGAAGAUCACAGACUUUGGACUGGCUCGAGAGUGGCACCGCACCACCAAGAUGAGCGCUGCUGGCACCUACGCCUGGAUGGCUCCCGAAGUCAUCCGCUCAUCUACGUUCUCCAAGGGUAGCGACAUUUGGAGUUAUGGCGUGUUGUUGUGGGAGCUGCUGACAGGAGAAGUUCCAUUUCGGGGCAUCGAUGGUCUCGCAGUGGCGUAUGGGGUGGCAAUGAACAAACUGGCUCUGCCCAUUCCCUCAACCUGUCCUGAGCCCUUUGCGCGUCUUAUGGAGGACUGCUGGAGUCCAGACCCUCACUCCCGACCACAUUUCACAACUAUUCUGGACCAGCUCACAGCCAUCGAGGAGUCAGGCUUUUUUGAGAUGCCAGUUGAGUCCUUCCACUCUCUGCAGGAUGACUGGAAACUGGAGAUCCAGGAAAUGUUUGAUCAACUGAGGACUAAGGAGAAGGAGCUGCGAUCGUGGGAGGAGGAGCUGACCCAAGCUGCACUGCAGCAGAAGUGCCAGGAGGAGGCGUUGAGGAGGCGCGAGCAGGAACUGGCCGAGCGGGAGAUCCACAUCCUGGAGCGAGAGCUCAACAUCAUCAUUCACCAACUCUACCAGGAAAAGCCUCACGUGGAGAGCAGGCAGGGCAAGUUCCGCCGCAACCGCCUUAAACUCAAGGAUGGGAACAGGAUCAGCCUGCCUUCAGAUUUUCAGCACAAAAUCACAGUGCAGGCGUCUCCGUCACAUGAUCGGCGGAGGAGUUUGCUCAGCAGCAGUUCCAGUCCUCAGACCAGUCCACCUAUGCUGCCCCGCCUGAGAGCCAUCCAACUCACUCCGGGGGAGGGAUGUACAGCCUGGGGUCGCAACACAUGUUUCCAGCAGGAUGAAGAGGAGUGUGAAAGGAAGGGGUCCAGGAAAAAGGGUAGAUCCCGUGGGUGUGGCCCAUACAGGGAGCACAGCGCUGAUGCCACUGUGAAGCCUCCUCAUGAAGGCAGCAGGCAGCGGUCCUGCAGCGCCCCAAACCUCCGCAGAUCCCCGAGACACAGCCCAGCAGUGCCUGGAGUGCCAAGCCUUGUGGAGAUGGAAAAUGAAGACUGCUGCUUCACUACUGAGCCAGGAGCAGCUCCUGGUCAAUCCUACCUCUGCAUCCCCUUCCAUAAGGAGGGCAACACGGCUGCUGCUGCUGCUGCUGACGGUGAUGGAGACGAGUACUGCCCCAGCGGCCAGGUUCCAGGUACACCACCAUGCAGGAAGAGCCCCGGUGGGGGCCGGCGGUCUGAGCUGGUCCUGCUGGGCUGUGGAGCUCUUUUGGCAGCUGUCGGACUGGGCUGCAACCUGUUAACUUUGUCCCAGCCGGAGGAGAGCAUCAAAUCACGUUGGGAUGGUUUCUUCCACAGAACAGGGGGCCAGAGGCGGAGCACCAGCCCCCAGACUCGUAGACUGUUCCGGCGGGAAAGCCCGCUGAAACACUCGGCGCCCUCUUUGCCUGAGCGAGGUUUGCCCUCCUCUUACACGCUGCUGUCCUUAUCAUCAGUGUCUGACUGCAACUCUACCCGCUCGCUGCUGCGCACUGACAGUGAGGAUUUGUUGGUCUACCACCCUCCCUCACCGCCUCCUGUCUCACAGCAUCAGGCCAUCCAAACCCCAGUCAACCCGCUGGUCAACACCCACCUUGAGAGCUUCAAGCGUAACCCCCGACAGUCUCUCACACCCACACAUGUACCCUCUGCCCCAAGUUCCUCGCGUAGCCUGCGUCGAACACCAUCAGACGGGGCCAUCAAGAAGAGCUGCCUUCCUAAUAAUCUGGAACCAUUGCCAGAAAAAACAGCAUUAGAGAACACAGGUGGCUUUAGAGGUUUAAGAGAAGACAGUCCUGAGGUCCCCCGGCUCCCCGAUCCAAAUAUUGUGUUCCCGCCAACCCCCCGUCGUCGCUGUGCUCCUGAACGCCCCAAAACCCUUGACUUUGUGGCUCGGCCUCGGCCUUCACCGCGGGCACGCGGUGAUGUGUUUUGGGCGGAAGGGAAGCCCAGGGGAAACGGACAAUGCCUGGGUAACGGCGAGUCCCCCGCCCACACGUCCAGCACAGAGACUCCUCCGACUGUAGAGUUUGGUAGAGACCCGGCGGUGCUACCCACGCCCAUGGAGGCCCCAACGCCCUACUCCCCCCGCAGGAAGGAGAACCUGCUGGAUCAGCUGGAUGAGGGACAGUGCCGGGAUGGAACCGUCCCACUCUGUAGACCGGAGAUCAGCUUUCCCAAAGACUCACCUUACCGCUACAGACCCGGAUUCUGGUCCUAACUAUGUGCAUACAGCCUUGGGCCCUUCACCGAUCCAACAUAAGAAGGGGACUGUCCCUGCUGUUAGCCUUUGGAUUGUGACAGGUCUAGGCCAAUUAGUACUUAGAAAACGAAUCUGUUUUUAGCUUUAAUUAAUACUUAAUGGGGGUUGUUCACUCUCCCCCAUCUACAAUAUUGUCACUAAAUUACAGAAAGACAUUUACUGUGAAUAUUAUACCUUUCUGACAUUAGUUGUUUUGCCAUUUGUGAUUUAAAAAAACAAACAAAAAACCUACAAUUUGGCAUCUAAAAGUGCUCGACCAAACCAUGAAAAGUAUUUGGAAAUCUUAUUUGACCCGGGUCUGGUUGUUAAUGCAUCAGAGGGACAGAAUAACGCUUUCACUCAUUUGUCAUUCAAGAUGUAAAGGCUUUUUUUCUUUGGGGUUAAUGGAUUAAUGUCUUAAGCAGAAUGGCAGUGAUAGUUUCAGAAAGCUUUACAUACUUUUCUUAAUUUCAAGCUUGAGUUCAAGAUUGUGCAUUUAAUGAAGUGCACUUUCGGAAAGCAUCAUGAAUGUAAAGCUUCAGGUUUUUUUCCAUUGUCAAAAAAACGCUGUCUCCAAUUAUUUGUAAUUUGAACUCAUCUGUAUAAUUCACUCUCCUGUGUUAGUGGCUGAUGGAGUCUUGUUUUUUUUUGUUACUGAGCACCUGUCAUCACCAAUCACUUGUACAGAGUAAUAUCCCAGGGACGGGGGACGCCGUUGUAUAAUAUGAGCACUUCUUUGCGUUAGUCUUGAAACGGUGUCAGCACAAUAAUGUCUGACACCGUCUCGAGCCCUGUACGGUGAACUGUACUAUAAAGAAGAAUGUCUCUACUGCUUGGGUUUGAAUUGGGACCAAAACACUGUCAGGAAGUCACAACCAAAAUGUAUUAAAGAACUCAUUAAUUCCCCAUCAAGUUCCCUGUUUGUUUGUGACCCUGUCAGAGCAGCCUGUUUGGAUCCCGACCCACCAGUUGAGAAACAUUUCUCCAAACUAAAAAGGGAACUUUGUAUUUGUAACUCUGUAAAUUGUCUGCCUCAUGAAUUGUUGAUCAAGAGAGGAUGAGGGAUGUAAAGUAUGUAGUUGAUUAUGUAAGUGGCAAACUGCAUGAGUGUUGACUGGCACACAUGUGAAGCAGGCCCUGGUGGCAUGUGGAGGUUCAUUCCUGAUUAUUUAUAUUUGUAAUGAUUUAUUUAAUUUUAUUUAUUCAUUCAUUUAUCUAAUGGUUUAUUUUUAUAAUUUAUUGUAUUUGCCUUGAUUUUUGACACUUGUUAAUGUUGUCCAUGAAUGUUUCUAGGGUUAAAUGUGUAAGCCACAUUUAACUCGCUUCAUAUUAAUUUGUCUGUAUCCUGCAUUUUAAAUUAUCUUCAGGUUGUUUCUUUGCUUUAACAAAGGUGCAAGUAGCUUCAUUUCAACUAGAACUAAAGCAAACAUGAUUAGUUGAUUAAUCGAUAUUUUUAUUUGAUUGUUUAAGAAAAAAUACCAAACAUUCCCUAGUUCUAGCAUCUCAACUAUGUGCUGCUUUUCUUCAUCUGAUAGUAAACAGAUUUUGGGAGGUUUUGGACUGUUGGAAAACGAGCAAUUUGGGCUUCAGGAAAUUGGAAUAAGCGUUUUUUAAUUUUAUAGACAAUCGAUGGGGAAAAUAAUAAAGAGAUUAAUCAAUAAUGACA